AUGACCCAAGCCCAGUGCGACGAGGAGACCCCCUUGCUGCAAAUUGAGCAAGGCAAGAGCCCGCGGAGUCCCCUUCCCUGGUUCCAGUUUUCCCUGGUGCUGUUCCUCCAGCUCGCCGAGCCGUUGACGUCCCAAGUCAUAUACCCAUUUGCGCCCCAGCUCAUAAGAGAUAUCGGCGUUACGAAUGGCGACGAGGCUAAGGUUGGAUAUUAUGUAGGAAUGAUGCAAUCUGUAUUCUUUGUCGCACAAGCGUUCACUGUACUCCACUGGAGUAGUCUCUCCGAUCGCAUUGGUCGCAAACCUGUGAUCCUCACAGGCUUGUUUGGAAUAUCACUUUCGAUGUAUUGCUUCGGUCUAUCGAGUACAUUCGUCGGACUGUUGCACUCGUACUCACGUUUCCUUAGUCGAGGUUUAUGUGGGGCAUUGAAUGGAAACAUUGGUGUCAUAAAAAGUAUGAUGGUGGAAAUGACAGACUCCACGAAUAUUUCGCUGGCUUAUGCUUACUUCCCUAUCGCAUGGUCGACUGGGGCGACGUUGGGUCCUAUGAUCGGUGGUUCCUUCUCCCAUCCAGUGGAACGCUUCCCAGAACUCUUCGGAGCAUCUGAAUUUCUCAAAAGCCACCCUUACUUCCUUCCUUGUGCAGUUCCUGCAACGUUUGCUGUCGUUGCAUGGCUAGUGACCCUCUUCCUCCUGAAGGAAACGGUCGCCGCCCCGACUCCUAUUUCACAUCUCCUUCCGUUUCGCAAACGAAGUCAAGCUGCCAUCGAUGCAAAGAAGAGCGUUCUGAUUUCUGGGGAUAACUCGGAAACAGAACCAGAACCAGACAAACCGACCUUCGCUUCGCUACUCACGCGUCGGGUUGUCGUUGCCUCCGCGAACUAUGCGUGCCUCUCGCUCGUCGACAUUGCGUUCCGCGCUAUCCAGCCGCUGUUCUACUCAACCCCUGUUGAAAUGGGUGGCCUGGGUUUGCCUCCACAGAUCAUAGGCAACAUCCUCUCCGUCUUUGGCAUCCUCAAUGGUGUUAUCCAGGUGUUCUUCUUCGCUUACAUUAACGACCGAUGGGGCUCAAAGCGCGUUUUCCUCGUUGGCCUCGCUUCUGCCAUCCCUCUAUUCUUAUCAUUCCCAUUACUCAAUGUCCUGGCAAGAUCCCAAGGCACCAGUCUUCUUGUAUGGGCUGUCGUUGGGAUGCAGAUAACCAUAUCUGUCUUCAUGAGCAUGUCAUACGGCGCUAUUUUCAUCUACAUCUCAGCUUCUGCACCUAGCCGAUCUAUGCUUGGAGCCACGAACGGACUUGCGCAAACGACGGUCAGCAUCAUGCGAGCCAUUGGCCCGGCCACUGCCAACUCCUUGUUCUCGCUGUCGAUAGAAAAGCAGUAUCUCGGGGGAUGGAUGGUGUACUAUUCGCUUCUUUGCGUUGUUGGGACGUCGAUCUUUGUGGGUUCAUUGCUGCCGAGGCAGAUCUGGACGAUGCCUUCAUGA